AUGAGGCCCGCCAUCCUACUCUCCUGUCUGCUGUGCGUCGUCUCUGUCAGCGCACAGCAUCCCUCAGAAGGUUGGCAACCCGAACAGCAGCAGCAACCUCUCCAUGUACCGCCCCCUGCACAGACCUUCAAUCCCAUUGCGGAGGAGCCUGCGCCGACGGGGCCCCAGUUGCAACCUCCGCCGCCUGCAAGUGGCGACCUCGUCAGCAUGUUCAAGAGUUUCACGUCGCUGCUGGGCCUAAACCGGUUGCUCGACGCAGACGGGCCCGUCGCCUCGCUCUUCGGGAAGAUGGGCGUGAACGUCGCGGAGGCGAUCGCGCCCAGCACCGUGUCCUCAUGGGACCUGCGCAUUCCCCUCAUCACGGACGAUAACUUUGACGAGAUCAUCGUACACGAGGAGCUCACGCCCAAGGAAGAGGCGGCGCGCGUCUGGUUCCUGGUCAUCUCGGUGGCAGCGGGCCAGAAUAGCGCGAUCUCAAAGCUCGUCGACCACGUCACCUUCCUCACUACGAAGUGGUGCAUCUGGUCAGGACCUUAUCUAGUUGUGAUCACGGACAGAGGCCAGACGCUGCGGUUCUAUAAGGGAGACCGUGUACGCGUUACAGCCGAGCUUCUUCGCGGGCUACUCAUCGAUGAGCACUGGCGCAACACCCCGCCAUGGAAGACUGACUUCGCGCCCGGCGGAAAUAGGGAGUGGGUCAUGCACUACUACGCGCUCUGGACAAUGCACAUAUCCAACUUCGUGCAGCGCUUCCCUCGCUGGACGCUGCUAAUCGGAUGUGGCGUCAUUGCGAAGCUCGCUGGGCGCGUACUGCGCCGCGCCCCUGCCUCUGCCUCUGCCUCGACGAAGGAUGACCAGCCGCAGCCUCCUGCUGACCAGGGCUCAUCAGAAUCCACGACGGAGAGCAAUUGCGCGACGGCAACCAGUAGGUCGUGCGCCGGUAGCACCGCAACCUCCACGGCGACGUCGAGCCCCAGUAAAGGGGCAAUCUCGAGAGGGUCACCCGCGAAGACGUUGCGCAAGGAGAAGUAA